AUGCCGACAUUCACAGUAUUCAAGGGCUCCAAGGAGGGCAAGAUUGUCAAGGGCCAAACCACCAAGCCCGAUCUCCAAGACGACCAAGUCCUCAUCAAAGUGACCGCCUCCGGCCUCUGCGGCACAGACGAGCACUACAAGCACGCCGACAUGGCCCUCGGCCACGAAGGCGUCGGCGUAGUCGAAGACAUCGGCCCCAACGUCAAAGUCCUCAAGAAAGGCGACCGCGUCGGCUGGGGCUACGAGCACAACUCGUGCGGGCACUGCGAAAAGUGUCUCACCGGCCGCGAAACCUACUGCCCAGAGCGCCAAAUGUACGGCUUCGCGAACCUCGACCAAGGCAGCUUCGCCUCGCACGCCGUCUGGUGCGAAGCCUUCCUCUUCAAGGUGCCCGACGAACUCACAGACGCCGAAGCCGCUCCCCUCAUGUGCGGCGGCACCACCGUCUUCAACGCCCUGCACGCCUACAACGUGCGCCCGACCCAACGCGUCGGCGUCAUGGGCAUCGGCGGCCUCGGCCACCUCGCCAUCCAGUACGCGUCAAAAAUGGGCUGCGACGUCGUCGUCUUCUCGGGCUCCGACUCCAAAAAGGACGAAGCCAUGCGUCUCGGUGCCAAAGAAUUCGUGGCCAUGAAGGGCGCCACUGAGCUUUCUGUCUCCCGCAAAGUCGACGUCUUGCUCGUUACCGCAUCCGUUACCCCGGAUUGGAAGCUCUUGAUUCCGGUGCUGAAUACGAAUGCGACCAUUUUCCCCUUGACCGUGUCCGAUGGUGACUUUACGUUUCCGCAGAUGCCGCUGAUUGCGAAUGGGAUUACGGUUCAGGGAAGUGUGGUUGCGGCGCGCCAGGUGCAUAGGGAGAUGCUGGCUUUCUCGGCGCUGCAUGGCAUUAAGCCGAUUAAUAUGGAGUUUCCCAUGACUGAGGAGGGAAUUGAGGAGGCGAUGAAGGUGCUUAGGGAGGGCGGCAUGCGGUAUAGGGGUGUGCUUAUUCCCCAGUAG